AUGAAUGCAGAGGUUGCUAAGAGUAAGGUGGAAAAUGCCAUCGAGACAGCAAUCUAUGUGGGCUAUCGCCAUAUUGAUUCAUCUCAUGUCUACCUAAAUGAGGAGGAGAUUGGGAGGGCCAUCCAGAAGAAAGCUGGCGAUGGCACUGUGAAGAGAGAUGACAUAUUCUUCACUUUGAAGCUGUGGCUCACCUUUUUCCAUCCAGAAUUGGUCCAAACUGCCCUGGAAAUGUCACUAAGGAAACUCCAGCUGAGCUAUGUGGAUCUUUUUCUUAUUCAUUUCCCAACAGCUUUGAAGCCUGGGAAGGAGAUUUUUCCGAAGGACUCACAUGGAAAAACCAUUUUUGACACAGUGGAUCUGUGUAGCACGUGGGAGGGGAGUACAGCUUCUGUGCUGGAGAAGUGUAAAGGGGCAGGAUUGGCCAAGUCCAUUGGUGUGUCCAACUUUAACCACAGGCAGCUGGAGAUGAUCCUGAACAAGUCAGGGCUCAAGUACAAACGUGUGUGCAACCAGGCCCUGGUCUGGGGAAGACCCUCCACAGACGGCGGGUUUUGCAGAGAAAAGCAGGGCCCCAGGGAGGAGGCCCUGAGAGGCAGGAGCUGCCCAGAACCUUCAAGAGCCACCUGCACAGGGACUGGAAACUCAUGGGGACUGGGACUGCCGUUCCAGUGUGAAGGUGAGCAUUUCACUGUCAAAUCUGCUGGGGAAACUGGUGGGGGUCUCAUCGCCAAAGCCGAGUCGUGGUUGUGGAGGUUCUUCGUGCUGGUCUCCUAA